AUGGUUCGGAGCAGACAGACCAGACUACUGUUCCUGAAUGACAUGGAGCGACUAGAGAGGACUCUGUUCCGACUAGAGCAAGGUAUGUAGGCCAUGGCCAUUCAAAUCCUGGGCAACUUCACAUUUGCAAUGGCACAUAAUAGAAGCAAGAAAACCAAAUGUCUGAAUGUACAAGUCCUGCGAAUUAUAGGCUAUUGGAAGUUUGUCAUUAUUAGACAAUUAUGUUUUUGUUUUGUUUCUUGCAUUUGUAGAGUGUGACUCAGCUCAACAUUGCUAUCUUGCUUUUACUUUACCCCCAGCAGGGAUAUUAUUCCUGCUGUUGAAAAUAUAGACAUUGAAAUGCACAUGUAGUUAAUGGGGGAAUGGUAGGCUAUGGCAUAGGCUGAACAUUGAUGUGCAUUUGACACUUGAGUGAAGUAGCCUAUCCUGAAAUAUUCUAGUGAAAAGUUUGCAGCUAUAAAUGGCAAGGGAAAAGUCCUUGUGUUCUCUCAGUGGUUUAGCUGUACUGUUUGGCAAGAUCAAUCACUUGGACAGGCAUCACUUCAGACAUUGGAUUUGUUUUAAAACUGUUUUAAUGCACAUUUGAUUGGCAGGACACCAUAACAGCUGCCUAUGUGUUUUCCAAGUGGACAUUUUUCCAUUAGGACAUUAUUAGUUAAUGUAUUCACAUCAAAUCCAGUCAUUGUCCAGGGUGAACCUUUCUGAUUUCACUGUAGACUCCAGCAGUGCUUUUAGUAAAUAUCCUGCUUGUGUAUUACUUGUUAUUAUGUAAAUAUAAUGACAGACUAUUAUUAUUAUUAUUAUUAUUAUUAUUAUUAUUAUUAUUCUACUAUCAGGCUUUGAGCUCCAGUUCCGGCUGGGGCCCACUCUGCAGGGGAAGCAUGUGCACGUCCACACUAACUACCCUGCGGAGGGAGAGAAGUUUGACCGGCUUCAGUUCUGGCCUCUGGACUGGAUAAACCCAACAGGGAGAGAGGAUGACUCGGACAAGUACUGCAAACUGGACCUGCAAGUGGCAGGGUCCUACCAGUAUUACUUUUGUGCUGGGUAAGAAAGCACUGUUUGUUGUUCAGAAGAAGUGUACACACAUCUAGUUAUUUGCAGGUGCAGGGUACAAAAUAGAUACCCGUUCACAAAUUAUGUGUUUCAAAAAAUUAGAACAAAUAAAUAACGGAAAAGUGGUGCGUGCAUAUGUAUUCACCCCCUUUGCUAUGAAGCCCUUAAAUAAGAUCUGGUGCAACCAAUUACCUUCGGAAGUCACAUAAUUAGUUAAAUAAAGUCCACCUGUGUGUAAUCUAAGUGUCACAUGAUCUGUCACAUGAUCUCAGUAUAUAUACAUCUGUUCUGAAAGGCCCCAGAGUCUGCAACACCAAUAAGCAAGGGGCAACACCAAGCAAGCGGCACCAUGAAGACCAAUGAGCUCUCCAAACAGGUCAGGGACAAAGUUGUGGAGAAGUAUAGAUCAGGGUUGGGUUAUAAAAAGAAUAUCAGAAACUUUGAACAUCCCACGGAGCACCAUUAAAUCCAUUAUUUAAAAAAUGGAAAGAAUAUGGCACCACAACAAACCUGCCAAGAGAAGGCCGCCCACCAAAACUCACAGACCAGGCAAGGAGGGCAUUAAUCAGACAGGCAACAAAGAGACCAAAGAUAACCCUGAAGGAGCUGCAAAGCUCCACAGCGGAGAUUGGAGUAUAUGUCCAUAGGACCCCUUUAAGCCGUACACUCCACAGAGCUGGGCUUUACGGAAGAGUGGCCAGAAAAAAAGCCAUUGCUUAAAGAAAAAAAAUAAGCAAACACAUUUGGUGUUCACAAAAAGGCAUGUGGGAGACUCCCCAAACAUAUGGAAGAAGGUACUCUGGUCAGAUGAGACUAAAAUUGAGCUUUUUGGCCAUCAAGGAAAACGCUAUGUCUAGUGCAAACCCAACACAUUUUACAUUUUAGUCAUUUUAGCAGACGCUCUCAUCACCUUCGAGAACACCAUCCCCCACAGUGAAGAAUGGUGAUGGCAGCAUCAUGCUGUGGGAAUGUUUUUAAUCGGCAGGGACUGGGAAACUGGUCAGAAUUGAAGGAAUGGUGGAUGGCGCUAAAUACAGGGAAAUUCUUGGAGGGAAACCUGUUUCAGUCUUCCAGAGCUUUGAGACUGGGAUGGAGGUUCACCUUCCAGCAGGACAAUGACCCUAAGUAUACUGCUAAAGCAGGGGGGGGUGAAUAGUUUUUUUGUCUUAUUUCUUGUUUGUUUCACAAAAAUAUAUAUUUUGCAUCUUCAAAGUGGUAGGCAUGUUGUGUAAAUCAAAUGAAUCAAACCCCCCCAAAAAUCCAUUUUAAUUCCAGUUUGUAAGGCAACAAAAUAGGAAAAAUGCCAAGGGGGGUGAAUACUUUCCCAUGCCACUGUGUAUAAGCACUUCAUAAUAAUACAUAUUAAUAAUAACAAACCUGCAGGUGAUUUUGGGGCUCAACCUCAAUAGUCAACCCUUUUAUCCCGUACACGUUAUGCUAUUGAUUGAUCUCGUUGCCUGUUGUAUUGCCUGAUGUGGUCUGUGUGAUUCCCAGGACUGAAGAGAAGACCGGUAGUGGCUACAUAGUGGUGGACCCAGUGCUACGUGUGGGUGCUGAUAACCGUGUCCUACCCCUGGACUGUAUCGCCAUUCAGACAUACCUGGCCAAGUGCCUGGGGCCUCUGGACAAAUGGCAGGACAGGCUCAGGGUUGCCAAGGAGACCGGUGAGGGGCAGCAUGGGAUACCAUAGCCAGCUGGCCAACGAUCAGAAGCAUGGCUAUUGUCUUCAUCAGUAUAAAUGGGUGUUUCUCAUGCUCGGGUUACGUGGUCAGGAAAAACUCCUGACCUCACUCAUAAAUGUCACAUAUUUAAUUUGGUUUAAAUUGCUAAAGGAAAUUAUUAUUUUUGAUAGCACAUCAAUGGUGUUUGCUCAUUCUAAAUCAUGUGCCUGCAGUUCAAAAGUACAGAUACUAACAAAUACAGAGUUCAUCUUUAUUGAUUCAUCGUAUAGAUUGUGCUGCACGAAGAGUUGUGGUUUGGGGGAUCCCCACACAGUUGUUGAGAUCUGUUUGGUUAUACUGGUGGUCGUUGACCCAUUUCUAAUAUCUGCAAAAAUAUUUGCAGUGUUUGUCGUUUCUUAAAAUCUGUCUGUCCAGACAGGCAUUGGGUUCAUUACAAAACAUGUAACGUACCUAUAGCAUCAUUCUUACUGUGGGUUCAUAGAUUCACAUUUCUCAUUCAUAAAAUUAUAUUAUCAUAAACUCUCUCUCUCUCUCUAGGUUAUAACAUGAUCCACUUCACCCCGCUGCAGAAGUUAGGGAUGUCUCGCUCCUGCUAUUCUCUGGCUGACCAACUGGAACUCAACCCAGAGUUCUCUCCUGAAGGGAAGAACUACACCUGGAUGGAUGUGGGCAACCUGGUGGAGAAACUGAAGAAAGAGUGGAACAUGGUCUGCAUCACUGACGUGGUCUACAACCAUACAGGUAUUGUUUUAGUAUAUAGUGCACUACUAUGGGCCCUGGUCAAAAGUAGUUCACUUUUAAGGGAAUAGGGCGUCAUUUGGCGCACUCUACACAUGAGCAUCAGCUCACACACUAUCUCGAACAGUAGGAUGAAUGCAUUCCCAUCUUGUGAAUGGUAGGGUAGUAGGCUACGCAUAGGGAUACGUAACAUACCUAUCCAUGCUGCCAUUUAUAGAUACAGAGACAGCAGAUCUCCUCUCUAAGCUCUUCAGAAGAUAGUGUUUCAUGAAGAGUUAUGACUGUGACCUUCUGGGUACUGGUCCCAAGCCACGGGGAAAGCUUGCAGGACUGACUGAUAGUGAAACAUGGGUUAGCGAAGUCUCUUCUCAGAUAUUUAGUAGCUCCCGUGUAGCUCCCUUUUUAAAAUAGCCAUAAUACUCUUGAUAAUCUUUAGGACAGCAGGUGUAUUUAGUGUCCAGAAUGUGCAGACCUUUGAAGAGUACAUAUACCCUACCUACAAAUGCAUACUUCACAAGUUUAGAAUCCAACAGAUAACAUAAAUAUUUGCUUAUAAAUCUUUCAUAGUCAUGGUGUUGACCCAUCAUAAAAUGCAAUGGGGUAAAAAUUAAGAGAAUACCUGACUUAACAUUUCCCAUGUUUCUUACCCCGAUCACUUUUUAAAAAAAAAGUAUUUUACCCACUAAAACAACGAUCGAGGUCUGUAGUGACACAUCUAGCACUGCGAUGCAGUGCCUUAGACUGCUGCGCCACUCGGGAGGCCCAAUACAGGGUGUUUUUAUACAGCAAAACAAAGAGACCAGCUUAAAAGGAAAUGCAUGUAUAUUUAUCGAAAUUAUAUAAUGAACGUAUUGUGACUCAUGUCCUUCUAGUAGUCUAAAGGCUAUGACAGAGAAACUGGUGCCAGGUUGUAGUGGAGUUUGACACCCAUGGCAUCUAAUCAAGUACAGUGGGGGAAAAAAGUAUUUAGUCAGCCACCAAUUGUGCAAGUUCUCCCACUUAAAAAGAUGAGAGAAGCCUAUAAAAUCCAGAAAAUCACAUUGUAGGAUUUUUAAUUUAUUUAUUUGCAAAUUAUGGUGGAAAAUAAGUAUUUGGUCAAUAACAAAAGGUUCUCAAUACUUUGUUAUAUACCCUUUGUUGGCAAUGACACAGGUCAAACGUUUUCUGUAAGUCUUCACAAGGUUUUCACACACUGUUGCUGGUAUUUUGGCCCAUUCCUCCAUGCAGAUCUCCUCUAGAGCAGUGAUGUUUUGGGGCUGUCGCUGGGCAACACGGACUUUCAACUCCCUCCAAAGAUUUUCUAUGGGGUUGAGAUCUGGAGACUGGCUAGGCCACUCCAGGACUUUGAAAUGCUUCUUACGAAGCCACUCCUUCGUUGCCCGGGCGGUGUGUUUGGGAUCAUUGUCAUGCUGAAAGACCCAGCCACGUUUCAUCUUCAAUGCCCUUGCUGAUGGAAGGAGGUUUUCACUCAAGAUCUCACGAUACAUGGCCCCAUUCAUUCUUUCCUUUACACGGAUCAGUCGUCCUGGUCCCUUUGCAGAAAAACAGCCCCAAAGCAUGAUGUUUCCACCCCCAUGCUUCACAGUAGGUAUGGUGUUCUUUGGAUGCAACUCAGCAUUCUUUGUCCUCCAAACACGACGAGUUGAGUUUUUACCAAAAGGUUCUAUUUUGGUUUCAUCUGACCAUAUGACAUUCUCCCAAUCCUCUUCUGGAUCAUCCAAAUGCACUCUAGCAAACUUCAGAUGGGCCUGGACAUGUACUGGCUUAAGCAGGGGGACACGUCUGGCACUGCAGGAUUUGAGUCCCUGGCGGCGUAGUGUGUUACUGAUGGUAGGCUUUGUUACUUUGGUCCCAGCUCUCUGCAGGUCAUUCACUAGGUCCCCCCGUGUGGUUCUGGGAUUUUUGCUCACUGUUCUUGCGAUCAUUUUGACCCCACAGGGUGAGAUCUUGCGUGGAGCCCCAGAUCGAGGGAGAUUAUCAGUGGUCUUGUAUGUCUUCCAUUUCCUAAUAAUUGCUCCCACAGUUGAUUUCUUCAAACCAAGCUGCUUACCUAUUGCAGAUUCAGUCUUCCCAGCCUGGUGCAGGUCUUCAAUUUUGUUUCUGGUGUCCUUUGACAGCUCUUUGGUCUUGGCCAUAAUGGAGUUUGGAGUGUGACUGUUUGAAGUUGUGGACAGGUGUCUUUUAUACUGAUAACAAGUUCAAACAAAUGCCAUUAAUACAGGUAAUGAGUGGAGGACAGAGGAGCCUCUUAAAGAAGAAGUUACAGGUCUGUGAGAGCCAGAAAUCUUGCUUGUUUGUAGGUGACCAAAUACUUAUUUUCCACCAUAAUUUGCAAAUAAAUUCAUUAAAAAUCCUACAAUGUGAUUUUCUGGAAUUUCUUUUCUCAUUUUGUCUGUCAUAGUUGACGUGUACCUAUGAUGAAAAUUACAGGCCUCUCUCAUCUUUUUAAGUGGGAGAACUUGCACAAUUGGUGGCUGACUAAAUCCUUUUUUCCCCACUGUAUGGUCAGCAGGACUACUGCCAAUGCAGUAGCCAGUAGGAGAGGAGAGAUUUCCAACCUUCACAUCACGUGUUAAUGGACAGAGGAAGAUGGUAGGUGAACAGCAGGGUAUCCUAUAUCCUUACUAGAGGUACACAAUGAAGAUACUGAUUUAAUAACCAAAAAUGUUUGACCUCUUGUCAUCAAACAUACAUUUGAUAAAAUCAAUGGUGACAACCAUUUGUUAUAACACUAACAAUAAAAAUUAAUAGAACAAUCAUGUGUUGACGUCCAUAGCAACAGAAGCACUUGACGAUGGAAACUGUCAUGAAUUGAAACAUAAUAAUGUCACAGAGAGCGCACAGUCAGACAACCACAUUUAUUACAUCCAGUAUUAGGCAAAAUGUAAUCAGAAGCUCAGCCUCACACAUUGUGCUGCAGACAUGGAGGAGCCAUGGUUAUCUUACCCCUAUCAUAAGCAUCAAUAACUAAUGAAGGUGUGAACAUGGUGUGGCAGUGUUGCAUCCCAAAUGGCACCCUAUCCCCUAUAUAGUGCACUACUUUCUGGUCAAAAGUAGUGCACUAUAUAGGGUGCCAUUUGGGACACGGACAGUGUCAUGGAGUGAUUGAAGUAUUCCCCUUUGCGACGAACCAGCCAAUCUGACCUUCAGUGUGAACAGAGGCUAAAUGCUGACAGAGGAAACUGAGACCAUGAUGCAAGAGCCACAGCUGCCGCUGCAAUGUUUGUCCUAUGUAAAGGGCAACACUGUUGGGGUGCACUGCACAACUCCUAUUAGUGUUUCUAAGUUUAUUGUUCGCUGGUACUUAAGUAUGACCCGCAAAUGACCAUUCAAGCAAUGUUGAAUGUGCUCCAAAUAUGUCUUAUUCCAUGACAUUGGAGAGAAUUUCCUACUGGGGUUAGAUCCAUUCUUCCUCUAUAAUUUUAAACAACUGUUACCUUCUCUCCCUAGCUGUGAGUAAGUGGUUGUGGCUGCACCUACCCACUGGGCACACACUGGUUGAAUCAACGUUGUUUCCGCGUCAUUUCAAUGAAGUGACAUCUGUGCUCAGUGGGUAGAGUAUGGCUACAACCUAGUAACAGUAACAGCCCCUUCUCUCUCUCUCUCUCUCCCUAGCUGCUAACAGUAGGUGGUUGUGGCUGCACCCUGAGUGUGGCUAUAACCUGGUGAACUCUCCUCACCUGAAGCCAGCCUGGGUGCUGGACAGGGCUCUGUGGCACCUCACCUGUGACAUCGCAGACGGGAUGUACAGUGACCAUGGUGUUCCUGCUCACAUCGAAAAUGAACACCAACUCCACGUGAGUUGGUUUGUGUUAGCCUUCUGUUUUAUACUGUAUUGAAAUAGGAAAAUUGUCAAUUAAAUUAAUAAAGAGAUCUUUUGAGUUACCCUACUUUCAACCCAAAUGUCCCUCUUAGGACAAAGUUGGAUUGAUUGAUUGCCUCCUCUUGUAGAUGCUGCGAGGUAUCCUGUGGGAUGAGAUCUACCCCAGGACCAAGCUGUGGGAGUUCUACCAGGUGAACGUGGAGAAGGCUGUGGAACAGUUCAGGAAGCUGCUUCAGGCAGGUGAGGGCUACCAACCACUCAGGAUUUGUAUUUCAGUGUCAUUACAUUGAAUUAUGGUCAAUUAUGAUGUUUUUCAUAUCUCUUUUGAGCCAUCCCAGGAAAUCAAUUGAAACAAAUAAUUUGUGUUCCAGAUAUUGUGCUACCACUGUUGAAGUAGCAAUCAGCUCGCACUCAACAAUCUGGUGCACUAAUCGUGAUUGCAAUGUAAUCCGCUAAUAUCUUCUUCAGUAUUUUUGUGUUUGAUGUUUUCUCCCCAGGAGGCAAGGCAGUGAGAUUAGAGAAUGAGGAUAAGAAGCGUCUGAGGAUCCUCCCGGACCCCCAUUGUCGACGCUUCGGUAACACUGUGGACAUGACCUCAGCCUUGGAGACCUUCAUACCCAACGGGUGGGUCCGCUUUAGGAUACUCCAUUACAACAAUAGACCUGCUCAUAGAGUCACUGCUAACGAUGCCGAUCACCUUUCUUGUCGCGUAUGCUACCUUCAAUAAGACAAUGACCUUGCUUGUUCACCCAUCUUUGCGUCCGAUAAGACACUUUGCAAGGGUGCUUUAGGUGCUUUAAACCCAUUUGAGAGAAACAGGAAUUCUUUGAAGCAAUGAUCGCAAUUUAUCUUAACAUGGGAUUUGCUUUGUCACCACUGUUGGGUCACAAAUGCUUCUGUGCCACUCAUAUAAUUUCAUGUGUUUGUGUUACAGUAAUGAGCCCUCAUCCAUCCAGGAGUGUUGUAACUGGUUGAGGAACAGACUGGAGGAGCUGAAUGUGGAGAGCUAUAAGGAGAUGCACUACCAUGAGGAACAGGCCACCAACUGCAUUGUGGGAAAUGUAGUGUACGAACGCCUUGCAGACCACGGGCCUAAGUUGGGACCUAUCACCAGGAACCAUCCAGUGGUGUGCGGAUAUUUCACCUUCCCGUUUGAGGACAACUUGACCUUUGACCAGGAAAUGCAACUGAUGAGCCAGACAGACAAAGCGUGUCACUUCCUGGCCCACAACGGCUGGGUGAUGUCAGACGACCCCCUGAGGAACUUUGCAGAGCCAGGUCAGCUGAUAGUUCUGUUCUAACUAUUUCUACAGACCGGUCAAGUUAAACAGAUAGAACAUGCUCAGUAUUCACACACUUCUCUUUGAGAAGUUUGUAAGGACCUUGUGUUUUUACUGACCACUUGUCAUUAAAAAAUGUAGGGCCCUAUGGUACACUAGGAUUGUCAUAUCCAGCCUAUGUCAGAAGAUAAAGACGUACUUUUCCCUGAGAAAUGUGACUAUUUUUAAUAUAAGGUUUAGAUAUCAUUGAUUUCAACCUGACUAGUGUGAUGGUGUGUAACUCCCCUGUGUCGUCCCUGCCUCUAGGCUCUAACGUGUACCUGAGGAGAGAGCUGAUCUGCUGGGGAGACAGUGUGAAGCUGCGUUACGGUGAGAAACCAGAGGACUGCCCCUACCUGUGGGCCCACAUGAAGAAGUACACAGAGAUCACAGCUAAACACUUUGCGGGUGUGCGCUUGGACAACUGUCACUCCACUCCUCUACAUGUGGCCGAGGUACAGUAUGCUGAUCUGACUGUAGAUGCACCAUUCAUAGCUACAUAUCCUGGUGAAUAUUUUCAGUGAUACUCUUAGGGUGCGUUCGUAAAUUCACUUUGGCUAUCUGCUCCGAUUUCAGAGCACUCUCGUCUGAGAGUACCAGAGCGCAGAAUAACUGAUGAAUUUACGAACGAGCAACACCCGCUGAAUAUGACCGGUGUCAGUAAACACCGGCAAAAAAAGUGAAAUUGUUGCCAGCAGCACAGUUAGUCACUAACGCUUUAUAAAACAUAAACUAUCUAGCCAGGUCUGCAAGGACGAGUAAAAUGGUCAGAGUGAGGUGUUCUCUCAUUUGUGUCUAGCAAGCUAGCCAACUUUAGCCAGUUAGCUUGGGUGCUUGACUGCCAUUGUGAAGUCAGAACGCUUGGAUAAACUCUACUCCUUGGCCAGAUCGUCCAGUGUGCACUCUGAAUGCUCUGAGAUUGAAACGCUCUGAAUUUACGAACAGACAAUCUGACAACGCUCUGAAUUUACGAAUGACCCAGAGCGCGCUCUGACACACUGGAGGCAAUUUAACAACGCACCCUUGGUCAUGUAGUGUAUGUGGACACCUGCUCGUCGAACAUCUCAUUCCAAAAUCAUGGGCAUUAAUAUGGAGUUGGUCCCCCCUUUGCUGCUAUAACAGCCUCCACUCUUCUGGGAAGGCUUUCCACUAGAUGUUGGAACAUUGCUGCUGGGACUUGCUUCCAUUCAGCCACAAGAGCAUUAGUGAGGUCGAGCACUGAUGUUGGGCAGUUAGGCCUGGCUCGCAGUCGGCGUUCCAAUUCAUCCCAAAGGUGUUCGAUGGGGUUGAUCAGGGCUCUGUGAAGGCCAGUCAAGUUCUUCCACACCGAUCUCGACAAACCAUUUCUGUAUGGACCCUGCUUUGUACACGGGGGCAUUGUCAUGCUGGAACAGGAAAGGGCCUUCCCUAAACUGUUGCCACAAAGUUGGAAGCACAGAAUCGUCUAGAAUGUCAUUGUAUGCUGUAGCGUUAAGAUGUCCCUUUACUGGAACUAAGGGGCCUAGGCCGAACCAUGAAAAACAGCCCCAGACCAUUAUUCCUCCUCUUACCAAACUUGGCACUAUGCAUUUGGGCAGGUAGCGUUCUCCUGGAAUCCGCCAAAUCCAGAUUUGUCCGUCGGCCUGCCAGAUGGUGAAGCAUGAUUCAUCACUCCAGAGAACGCGUUUCCACUGCUCCAGAGUCCAAUGGCGGCGAGCUUUACACCACUCCAGCCGACGCUUGGUAUUGCGCAUGGUGAUCUUAGGCUUGUGUGCGGCUGCUCGGCCAUGGAAACCCAUUUCAUGAAGCUCCAGACUAACAGUUAUUGUACUGACGUUGCUUCCUGAGGCAGUUUUGAACUCGGUAGUGAGUGUUUCAUCCAAGGACAGAAUAUUUUUACGCGCUUCAGCACUCGGCGUUCCCGUUCUGUGAGCUUGUGUGGCCUACCACUUUGCGGCUGAGCCGUUGUUGCUCCUAGACUUUCCACUUAACAAUAACAGCACUUGCAGUUGACCGCGGCAGCUCUAGCAGGGCAGAAAUUUGACCAACUGACUCGUUGGAAAGGUGGCAUCCUAUGACGGUGCGACAUUGAAAGUCAUAUACACUGCUCAAAAAAAUAAUGGGAACACUUAAACAACACAAUGUAACUCCAAGUCAAUCACACUUCUGUGAAAUCAAACUGUCCACUUAAGAAGCAACACUGAUUGACAAUAAAUUUCACAUGCUGUUGUGCAAAUGGAAUAGACAACAGGUGGAAAUUAUAGGCAAUUAGCAAGACACUCCCAAUAAAGGACUGGUUUUGCAGGUGGUGACCACAGACCACUUCUCAGUUCCUAUGCUUCCUGGCUGAUGUUUUGGUCACUUUUGAAUGCUGGCGGUGCUUUCACUCUAGUGGUAGCAUGAGACGGAGUCUACAACCCACACAAGUAGCUCAGGUAGUGCAGCUCAUCCAGGAUGGCACAUCAAUGCGAGCUGUGGCAAGAAGGUUUGCUGUGUCUGUCAGCGUAGUGUCCAGAGCAUGGAGGCGCUACCAGGAGACAGGCCAGUACAUCAGGAGACGUGGAGGAGGCCGUAGGAGGGCAACAACCCAGCAGCAGGACCUCUACCUCCGCCUUUGUGCAAGGAGGAGCAGGAGGAGCACUGCCAGAGCCCUGCAAAAUGACCUCCAGCAGGCCACAAAUGUGCAUGUGUCUGCUCAAACGGUCAGAAACAGACUCCAUGAGGGUGGUAUGAGGGCCCGACGUCCACAGGUGGGGGUUGUGCUUACAGCCCAACACCGUGCAGGACGUUUGGCAUUUGCCAGAGAACACCAAGAUUGGCAAAUUCGCCACUGGCGCCCUGUGCUCUUCACAGAUGAAAGCAGGUUCACACUGAGCACGUGACAGACGUGACAGAGUCUGGAGACGCCGUGGAGAACGUUCUGCUGCCUGCAACAUCCUCCAGCAUGACCGGUUUGGCGGUGGGUCAGUCAUGGUGUGGGGUGGCAUUCCUCCAUGUGCUCGCCAGAGGUAGCCUGACUGCCAUUAGGUACCGAGAUGAGAUCCUCAGACCCCUUGUGAGACCAUAUGCUGGUGCGGUUGGCCCUGGGUUCCUCCUAAUGCAAGACCAUGCUAGACCUCAUGUGGCUGGAGUAUGUCAGCAGUUCCUGCAAGAGGAAGGCAUUGAUGCUAUGGACUGGCCCGCCCGUUCCCCAGACCUGAAUCCAAUUGAACACAUCUGGGACAUCAUGUCUCGCUCCAUCCACCAACGCCACAUUGCACCACAGACUGUCCAGGAGUUGGCGGAUGCUUUAGUCCAGGUCUGGGAGGAGAUCCCUCAGGAGACCAUUCGCCACCUCAUCAGGAGCAUGCCCAGGCGUUGUAGGGAGGUCAUACAGGCACGUGGAGGCCACACACACUACUGAGCCUCAUUUUGACUUGUUUUAAGGACAUUACAUCAAAGUUGGAUCAGCCUGUAGUGUGGUUUUCCACUUUAAUUUUGAGGGUGACUCCAAAUCCAGACCUCCAUGGGUUGAUACAUUUGAUUUCCAUUGAUAAUUUUUGUGUGAUUUUGUUGUCAGCACAUUCAACUAUGUAAAGAAAAAAGUAUUUAAUAAGAUUAUUUCAUUCAGAUCUAGGAUGUGUUAUUUUAGUGUUCCCUUUUUUUUUGAGCAGUGUAUAUAGAUAUAGAGAGAUCGAUAGAGUAUGUGUUUUUCUUAAGUCAACAAUAGGCAGGUUUCCAUUGACCCAUGUUUAUUCGAUAAAAGCAAUGUCGGCCAAAAAUUGUGUAGUGGAAACGGUAGAUCUAAGAUACAUUUUCUAAAGAUCGACAACAUUUUUAUCCGUUCGAUAAGGGUGGAUUUCUCUUUUGUCUAGCUUUCUUUUAUUGUGACAAAUGAUGAUGGAAACUGUUUUUCGGAUAAAUGAUGAUUGCUGAAUCAUUUUGAAGGUACGCGGAGCAGGUGAUGUCACCACGUAACUAUAAAGCUCCACUGCACAUUUAAUUCUAAAUGUCAGUUGCAUGCAAAAUCAAAAUUUUCAACUAGGCUAUAAAAAUAAUGUUGCAUUCUAUCCAUGCUGGCUUUUGCGGGCUGGCUACCUGAGACAUAAAAUAAAUAGGUGGGAGGACAUUCAGGCUGUCGGCAAUUUAUUAAUGCACAAUCUGCCUAAAUGGGUAAUGGAAACACUUUAACCACUCAAGUUUUUAUUCGACACUAGGGUUUUGUUAAAAUGUUUUUUUUUUAGGUGUGACGUCAUUAUGUCCAGCUGUUUUUAUCCACACAAGAUUAGUUAAAUGGAAAUUCACCCUAGCAGGAAAUUGUCGCAUCUAUACUGAACAAAAAUAUAAACGCAACAUGUGUUGGUCCCAUGUUUCAUGAGCUGUUGCCAGAGAAUAGAAUGUUUCUUUCUCUACGAUAAGCUGCCUCCAACGUCAUUUUAGAGAAUUUGGCAGUACGUCCAACCGGCCCCCCAACCGCAGAUAAGGAUUGUCUGAGACCAGCCACCCGGACAGCUGAUGAAACUGAGGAGUAUUUCUGUCUGUAAUGGCUGCGCCCCUACUCAGUCAUGUGAAAUCUAUAGAUUAGGGCCUAAUGAAUUUAUUUCAAUUGACUGAUUUCCUUAUAUGAACUUUAAAUCAGUGAAAUUGUUGCAUAUUGCCUUUAUAUUUUUGUUCAGUAUAUUUUCUAUGCAAACUUUCUAAAUGUCGAGAAAAAAACAUAGCUACUAUCCUCUUUUUAUUGCUCAGGGCAAAACUUUAAAAUCUCUUCAGAAAGUUUUCUAGUCUCAGAAUGUGUGAUUCUAUUUGCUGUUCCUGCCCUCGUGUAUACAGUACAUUCAGAAAGUAUUCAGACCCCUUGACUUUUUCCACAUUUUGUUACGUUACAGCCUUAUUCUAAAAUUGAUUAAAUAUGUAUUUCUUCUCAUCAAUCUACACACAAUACCAAAUAAUGACAAAGCAAAAAAAGGUUUUUUGAAAUGUUUGCAUAUUUCUAUAAUGUUAUUGUGUAGGAAAUUAUGACACUUUUCAUCAUGCAUAUAAAGGCUUUAUGAAUGCUACAUGUCACCACUCUUAAGUAAAGUGUUACCUUGUGCUCUGUAGGCGAUGCUGGCAACAGCCAGGGCGGUCAGACCUAACCUCUAUGUGAUAGCUGAACUCUUUACGGGCAGCGAGCUGAUUGACAAUGUGUUUGUAAACCGCCUGGGGAUUACCAGUCUGGUCAGAGGUACUGCUACUGCCCUGUUGCACUGUAGGACUGUGCGAACUGGACUGAUGCGUUGUUCUGACUGAGCAUGACACUAAAUAUGUGUCUUUGUCUUUUAUGUUUUCUUUCUUUCUUUCUUUCGAUCAUCUUAUUCCACUCUUCUACCAUGGGCUUACUUUGAAUCUGACAUUUUCAUCAUACUUAUCCUGUUCACAUUUUUUUUUUACAAAUCCCAAACCCUGAAAUAUAACUAUAUUAUUCAUUAUCACCAUCUCUUCAUUCAUUAAAAUAUUUACUACCUUUCCCAACACUACUUUCCUGUUUUUCCCACCAUUAACCUUUUCAUUGCAUGGUAAUUGACACUUUGCAUGUCCCCCCUCUCCUCUGUGUGGGUUGUUUUCAUAUUUACCCUCUUUCUUGCCCAGCCUGUACCCCUUCACAUCUCUCCUCCUCUCUCGUCUCAUAUCUAUCUCUUUCUAAAUCCCCUUCUCUCCUCUGUUCCUCCUAUAUUUUCUCAUCUCUAUGUCCAAACCCUCUCUCCUCCCUUCCCCCACAUGCCCGUCUUGCAUUGUGUGCCCUGGCGCUGGCCUGUGUGUUGUGGUGUGGGUGGCCUGUGCUGUAUGUAGUACAUGCUGGAGAGAGCUCGCCAGCUGAAGCCUGACCUGUAUGUGGUGGCUGAGCUGUUCACGGGCAGCGAGGAGCUGGACAAUGUCUUUGUCACUAGACUGGCCAUUACCUCCCUCAUCAGAGGUAAGAGCCUGGGAAAUGCACAAAUGGCACAUAAUCUAUAGCCUGACUGCCAGUCUAUUUGUGCAAUCACGCAAACUCCUUGACAGUGAGCAAUGGAGUUGACAAGAGCACAAACAGAUCUGAGACCAGGCUACACAUCUGGUAGAAAUAGAAAAGUAAAUGUUUUCUGUUUUGCUUCAACAUGUGGCAUGGAUAUGCGUUAGUGAAGUUGGUAUUGGCUUUGUUCAUGGUAUGAAAUGCCUUAUGAAAUAUUGAUACACAGGAAACUGAAUGAAUCUGCAAUUGAUCGUCUCUUGGCUAAAAAGUACUGUUGGUGGUAAUAUUUUAAAGUAAACUAUGAAAUCAUUAACAAAUUCAAUCAGCCAGGGUUAUUUGUUUUCUUAUAAAUGACUGCAAUGACCAUAUUGGCUAUAACUAUUUGCCUGUUCUACAAUAACAAUAUAAUCUGUCUCUCUCUGUCUUCCUCAGAGGCUAUGAGUGCAGGGGACAGUCACGAGGAGGGCAGGCUGGUCUACAGGUUUGGUGGAGAGCCUGUGGGCUCGUUCGUCCAGCCCAGCAUCAGACCUCUGGUGCCCUCUAUCGCCCACGCCAUGUUCCUGGAUGUUACCCAUGACAACGAGUGCCCUGUCCAGGUAGUUUGCAGUAUGUAGCUGGGAUUACCCAUGACAAGUCCUCUAUUCAGGUAGAGUACAGUAUGUACAGUUGAAGUCGGAAGUUUACAUACACCUUAGCCAAAUACAUUUAAACUCAGUUUUUCACAAUUCCUGACAUUUAAUCCUAGUAAAAAUACCCUGUCUUAGGUCAGUUAGGAUCACCACUUUAUUUUAAGAAUGUGAAAUGUUAGAAUAAUAGUAGAGGGAAUGAUUUAUUUCAGCUUUUAUUUCUUUCAUCACAUUCCCAGUGGGUCAGAAGUUUACAUACACUCAAUUAGUAUUUGGUAGCAUUGCCUUUAAAUUGUUUAACUUGGGUCAAACGUUUUGGGUAGCCUUCCACAAGCUUCCCACAAUAAGUUGGGUGAAUUUUGGCCCAUUCCUCCUGACAGAGCUGGUGUAACUGAGUCAGGUUUGUAGGCCUCCUUGCUCGCACACACUUUUUCAGUUCUGCCCACACAUUUUCUAAAGGGUUGAGGUCAGGGCUUUGUGAUGGCCACUCCAAUACCUUGACUUUGUUGUCCUUAAGCCAUUUUGCCACAACUUUGGAAGUAUGCUUGGGGUCCUUGUCCAUUUGGAAGACCCAUUUGCGACCAAGCUUUAACUUCCUGACUGAUGUCUUGAGAUGUUGCUUUAAUAUAUCCACAUAAUUUUCCUUCCUCAUGAUGCCAUCUAUUUUGUGAAGUGCACCAGUCCCUCCUGCAGCAAAGCACCCCCACAGCAUGAUGCUGCCACCCCCGUGCUUCACGGUUGGGAUGGUGUUCUUCGGCUUGCAAGCCACACCCUUUUUCCUCCAAACAUAACGAUGGUCAUUAUGGCCAAACAGUUCUAUUUUUGUUUCAUCAGACCAGAGGACAUUUCUCCAAAAAGUACGAUCUUUGUCCCCAUGAAGUACGAUCUUUGUCCCCAUGUGUAGUUGCAAACCGUAGUCUAGCUUUAUUAUGGUGGUUUUGGAGCAGUGGCUUCUUCCUUGCUGAGCGGCCUUUCAGGUUCUGUCAAUAUAGGACUCGUUUUACUGUAGAUAUAGAUACUUUUGUACCUGUUUCCUCCAGCAUCUUCACAAGGUCCUUUGCUGUUGUUCUGGGAUUGAUUUGCACUUUUCGCACCAAAGUACGUUAAUCUCUAGGAGACAGAAUGCGCCUCCUUCCUGAGCGGUAUGACGGCUGUGUGGUCCCAUGGUGUUUAUACUUGCAUACUAUUGUUUGUACAGAUGAAGGUUGUACCUUCAGGCGUUUGGAAAUUGCUCCCAAGGAUGAACCAGACUUGUGGAGGUCUACAAUUUUUUUUCCUGAGGUCUUGGCUGAUUUCUUUAGAUUUUCCCAUGAUGUCAAGCAAAGAGGCACUGAGUUUGAAGGUAGGCCUUGAAAUACAUCCACAGGUACACCUCCAAUUGACUCAAAUGAUGUCAAUUAGCCUAUCAGAAGCUUCUAAAGCCAUGGCAUCAUUUUCUGGAAUUUUACAUUUUACAUUUACAUUUUAGUCAUUUAGCAGACGCUCUUAUCCAGAGCGACUUACAGUUAGUGAAUACAUAUUUUUUUUAUACUGGCCCCCCGUGGGAAUCGAACCCACAACCCUGGCGUUGCAAACGCCAUGCUCUAUCAACUGAGCUACAUCCCUGCCGGCCAUUCCCUCCCCUACCCUGGACGACGCUGGGCCAAUUGUGCGCCGCCCAUGAGUCUCCCGGUCGCGGCCGGCUGCGACAGAGCCUGGAUUCGAACCAGGAUCUCUAGUGGCACAGUUAGCACUGCGAUGCAGUGCCUUAGACCACUGCGCCACCCAAGCUGUUUAAAGGCACAGUCAACUUACUGUAUGUAAACUUCUGACCCACUGGAAUUGUGAUACAGUGAUUUAUAAGUAAAAUAGUCUGUCUGUAAACAAUUGUUGGAAAAAUGACUUGUGUGAUGCACAAAGUAGAUGUCCUAACCGACUUGCCAAAACUAUAGUUUGAGUCUCCCGAGUGGCGCAGUGGUUUAAGGCCACUAGAGAUCCUGGUUCGAAUCCAGGCUCUGUCGUAGCCGGCCGCGACCGGGAGACCCAUGGGGCGGCGCGCAAUUGGCCCAGCGUCGUCCAGGGUAGGGGAGGGAAUGGCCGGCAGGGAUGUAGCUCAGUUGAUAGAUCAUGGCGUUUGCAACGCCAGGGUUGUGGGUUCGAUUCCCACAGGGGGUAUGAAAAAAAAUAAUGUAUGCACUAACUGUAAGUCGCUCUGGAUAAGAGUGUCUGCUAAAUGACUAAAAUGUAAAUGUUAACAAGAAAUUUGUGGAGUGGUUGAAAAACGAGUUUUAAUGACUCCAACCUAAGUGUAUGUAAACUUCUGACUUCAACUGUAUAUUACCCAUGACAACGAGUGUCCUAAUUAGAUAGUGUACAAUAUGUUGCUGGGAUUUGACAACAUCCCUAUUUAUACUGAACUAAAAUAUAAACGCAACAUGUCAAGUGUUUGUCCCAUGUUUCAUGAGCUGAAAUGAAAUACCCACAUUUUUUUACAUAAGCACAAAAGCUUAUUUCUCUCAAAUUGUGUGCACAAAUUUGUUUACAUCCCUGUUGGUGAGCAUUUCUCCUUUGCCAAGAUAAUCCAUCCACCUGACAGGUGUGGCGUAUCAAGAAGCUGAUUAGAUAGCAUGAUCAUUACAGAGUGCACCUUGUGCUGGGGACAAUAAAAGGCCACUCUAAAAUGUGCAGUUUUGUUACACAACACAAUGCCACAGAUGUCUCAAGUUUUGAGGGAGCAUGCAAUUGGCAUGCUAACUGCAGUAAUGUCCACCAGCGCUGUUGCCAGAUAAUUUAAUGUUCAUUUCUCUAUCAUAAGCCGCCUCCAACGUUGUUUUAGAGAAUUCGGCAGUAUGUCCAACCGGCCUCACAACUGCAGACCAUGUGUAUGGCGUCGUGUGGGCAAGCGGUUUGCUGAUGUCAACGUUGUGAACAGAGUGCCCCAUGGGGGCGGUGGGGUUAUGGUAUGGGCAGGCAUAAGCUACGGCCAAUGAAUACAAUUGCAAUUUAUUGAUGCCAAUUUUAAUGCACAGAGAUACCGUGACGAGAUCCUGAGGCCCAUUGUCGUGCCAUUCAUCCGCCGCCAUCACCUCAUGUUUCAGCAUGAUAAUGCACAGCCCCAUAUCGCAAGGAUCUCUACACAAUUCCAGGAAGCUGAAAAUGUCCCAGUUCUUCCAUGGCCUGCAUACUCACCAUACAUGUCACCCAUUGAGCAUCUUUGGGAUGCUCAGGAUCAACGUGUUCGACAGCGUGUUCCAGUUCCCGCCAAUAUCCAGCAAGCCAUUGAAGAGGAGUGGGACAACAUUCCACAGGCCACAAUCAACAGCCUGAUCAACUCUAUGCAAAGUGCAAAUGGCGGUCACACCAGAUACUGACUGGUUUUCUGAUCCAUGCCUCUACCUUUUUUUUUGAAGGCAUCUUUAACCAACAGAUGCAUAUCUGUAUUCCCAGUCAUGUGAAAUCCAUAGAUUAGGGCCAAAUGAAUGGAUUUCAAUUGACUGAUUUUCCUUAUAUGAACUGUAACUCAGUAAAUAAAGUAUUUGAAAUUGCUGCGUUUUUUAUAUUUUUGUUCAGUAUAGAUAUUAAUGAUAUGACGUAGUAUAUGAUAUGCUUUAUUCCAUUUCACAGCUUUUCCUAAUAACUAGAUUACUGUCUAGUGUACAUGUUCCCUAUGUACAGUGCAUUCGGAAAGUAUUCAGACCACUUGACCUUUUCCACAUUUUGUUACGUUACAGCCUUAUUCUAAAAUUUAUGAAAUUGUUUUUUUUCCGCCUCAUCAAUCUACACACAAUACCCCAUAAUAGAAAACUGAAAUAUAACAUUUACAUAAGUAUACAGACCCUUUACUCAGUACUUUGUUGAAGCACCUUUGGCAACGAUUACAGCCUCGAGUCUUCUAGGGUAUGACGCUACAAGCUUGGCACACCUGUAUUUGGGGAGUUUCUCCCAUUCUUCUCUGCAGAUCCUCUCAAGCUCUCAAUUCUGGAAGGUUCUCCUAUCUCCACAGAGGAACUCUGGAGCUCUGUCAGAGUGACCAUCGGGUUCUUGGUAACCUCCCUGACAAGGGCCCUUCUCCCCCGAUUGCUCAGUUUGGCCAGGCGGCCAGCUCUAGGAAGAGUCUUGGUGGUUCCAAACUUCUUCCAUUUAAAAAUGAUGGAGGCCACUGUGUUCUUGGGGACCUUCAACGCUGCAGACAUUUUUUGGUACCCUUCCCCAGAUAUGUGCCUCGACACAAUCCUGUCUCUGAGCUCUACUGACAAUUCCUUCGACUUCAUGGCUUGGUUUUUGCUCUGACAUGCACUGUCAACUGUGGGACCUUAUAUAGCUCAGUUGGUAGAGCAUGGCACUUGCAACGCCAGAGUUGUGGGUUCGUUUCCCACGGGGGGCCAGUAUGAAAAUGUAUGCACUCAUUAACUGUAAGUCGCUCUGGAUAAGAGCGUCUGCUAAAUGACUAAAAUGUAAAUAUAGACAGGUGUAUGCCUUUCCAAAUCAUGUCCAAUCAAUUGAAUUUACCACAGGUGGACUCCAAUCAAGUUGUAGAAACAUCUCAAGGAUGAUCAAUGGAAACAGAUGCACCUGAGCUCAAUUUCGAGUUCAUAGCAAAGGGUCUGAAUACUUAUGUAAAUAAAGUAUUUCUGUUCUUUUUAAACCUGUUUUCACUUUGUCAUUUUGGGGUAUUGUUUGUAGAUUGAUGAGGAAAACACUGGAUUUAAUCAAUUUUAGAAUAAGGCUGUAAUGUAACAAAAUUUGGAAAAAGUCAAGGGGUCUGUAUACUUUCCGAAUGCACUGUAUGUAUAUAGUAGUGUUGUUGAUCGAUGUUGUGACUGUAUGUGUUGAUGGUGUUAUUCAUUUACUGUUCCUCUUCUGUGUUGUAGAUUCGCUCUGCGUACGACUCCCUCCCAAGCUCUGCUAUCGUCUCCAUGGCCUGUUGUGCCACAGGAAGUACUAGAGGAUACGACGAGCUGGUCCCUCACCAGGUAGGAAAGAUGGCCAUGAUUAUCAAAAGUGUGUGUGUUUGUGAGUAUGUCAUAAAGUGAGUUCACUUCUGAUACAAAACUGUAAGCUAAAAUCUCUUCUAUUUUCAUCUCGUCUAUAUUGAAACUGCUGACAAUGUAUGAAACGGACAGUGUUUAGUUCUAAGUUUGUAUCCAACUUCCUGUGUGUUCUUGUGCAGAUCUCUGUUGUGAAGGAGGAGCGCUUCUAUCCCAAGUGGAACUCGGAGGCCAAGCCCUCCUCUGCAGGAGAGGUGAACUCCCAGAGUGGUAUCAUUGCCGGGAAACUGGCCCUCAACAAGCUACACGAAGAACUGUCCUCUAAGGGCUUCUCGCAGGUCAGAUGUACUUCUAAGAUCCACUCAGAGACAUACACUGGGCACUUAGCCAUGGGUACGGAUGGGCAGCCAGCAAUAUGUCUUUGGACUGGUUUCCCAGACCCAGAUUUAGCCUAACCCUGGACUAUAAAGCAUGCUCAAUACAGAAUAUCUAUGGAAAGUGCUUUCUAGUCCAGGACCAGGCUUAAUCUGGGCCAUGGAAAACGGCCAUCCAGAAUUUGGACUAGGGGAACUAAACUGAAUUCCUCAGGAAGGGACUUAACCUGAGAGAAGCAGAAACACUUUUGAGGGAAUAUUGAAUUGUAGAGUUGCAGAGUAAGUGCUUCUACUGAAGAACACAACAAAUAAGUGUGUGUUGCAGGUCUAUGUGGACCAGGUGGAUGAGGACAUAGUGGCAGUAACCAGACAUUGCCCCAGCACACACCAGUCUGUGGUAGCUGUGUGUCACACUGCCUUCAGGAACCCCAAGACCUAUCAAUAUAGACAGGAGGUGCCCCCCAUGUGCAUCCCAGGUACAGCACCCCAGUGGCCCUCAGUCCUACUCCUGGAGAGCCACAGUCAAAAGGACAAAAGCCAGCAGUACUGUGGCUCUCUAGGAGCCAGAUUGAGUAUCACUGCAGUACACCAUCAAUCACUAAUCAUCCUGAUAUCACUUCCCUUAGUAGUUUCCAUGAAAACCCAGAUCAGGUCAGUGUCGACUGUGUUCUCCUGCAGGUAAAAUAGAGGAGGUGGUCCUAGAGGCCAGGACUGUGGAGAGGAUCGCUGGGUCGUACCAGAAAGACAGGAAGAGCAUCAACGGUCUGCCUGACCACACGGUAGAGAUCAGAGAACAUAUCCAGGUAACACGAUAACAGCACCAUGGGAGUACAACUUUACACCCCAGUUUAGAAUACGAGUUACAAGCUUAUCUCUCUAGUCUAUCAUUCCCCUCUAUUGAAAGAAGUGGGCCAGGAUUUGCUCAGGUCACAGAGUUAGCCAUGUUUGUUUUCUUGUUGAUUGGUUAUGGUAGUCUUGUACACACUUGGUAAAUUACAGAGUAUAGUGUAGCACAAAACAGGUUUUGUUCUUGGGUCACUUCAGUCUAAACACCUGUGUAUGAGUUCUAUUUCUUUUGUAAGGUACUGGUGGUCUAUAAUCUAUUUCUACUCCAACUGUCUUGCAGCUACAUGACAGCAAGAUUGUGAAGCAGGCUGAUGUCAUGUGUAAGGGCUGCAGUGAAUUUGUCCAGGAGAUUGAAUUUGAACACCUCACCCCUGGUAGUGUGAUUGUGUUCAGGUAAGAAUAUAAGAACACACUGUCCUAUUGCGAUUAUUCCAGGUGCUGUAUGUGUCUCCAGGUGCUGUAUGUGUCUCAGAGUAGGAGUCUCCCGUGUGUCCAUACAAUAUGUAUUAUGAUCUAAAAGCAAAAAACGGAUCCUAAAUCAGCACUCCUACUCUGUAACCCAUGUUCUUUGUCCCCAGGGUGAGUCUGGACCCCAAGUCCCAAGAGCUGGUGGGGGUUCUGAGGAGACACCUGGUCCAGUUCAGUGACCAUUACAAAACGGGCAGUGUGCCUGACAACGACGCCCCAGCCAUACUCACUACUCCACUGGCAGCGUACGUAUACUCAACAUGAUUUUUUUACUUUUGUGAGUAAUCUCAGCCCAUAUCUCAGCUAAUCUCUGACCCAUGCAUUGUAACAUGAGACAUGUUAACUAAUUAAGCAACUGCUAUAAGACCUUUCAUAGGCUGUCUUCUACUAGUAAAUGUUAAUCUAGCCUACUGUUAAUCUUCCUACCUGUCUGCUCCCUCCCAGUAUUAUGUCCAAGGUGACCCUGGCGGACAUUAACGUGCUGCUGUUCCGUUGUGACGCUGAAGAGCAGGAGGACGGUGGAGGCUGCUACAACAUCCCUUCCUGGAUGAGUCUCAAGUAUGGAGGGCUGCAAGGUACAAAACAAGGAGGGGGGGGGGGGAAAGGUCGCGCUUCAGGGAAAUCCAUGACUCCUAUUGCAUAUUGCAUAUUGCAGUGUUGCUCAACCGUUUUGUGCCGGGAACCGUAAAACGAUGAUCUUCCAUUUACCAGUUGGGACUGCCAAGCUACCCUUCCUCCUUUUUAAGGACUAAUUACAUUAAAACUAGCACACAUUGAAAUUGAUAAAUGUAUACAUGUAUGAUGAGUUUGUUUGUUAGAUGUAUAGACCUCUUUUGACACUCUCAGGUCUGAUGUCGGUGAUGGGGGACAUUCGUCCCAAAAACGACCUGGGCCACCCCUUCUGUGACAACCUGAGACAGGGGGAUUGGAUGAUCGACUACGUCAGCAACCGGCUGGUCAUCAAGGGAGGAGCACUGGGCGAGGUAAGACAUGACAAACCUCACAAUGGCUGCAUCCCAAAUGGCACCCUAUUCCCUAUGUAGUGCACGUGGCUCUGGUCAAAAGUAGUGCACUACCGUAUAUAGAGAAUAGGGUGCUAUUUGGCACUCAGACCUGGUCAAGAUAAUGUCUAGUCCUUUGGGUCCACUUUCAAAGGUUUUUGAGAGCCAUGGUCAUUUUUCAAUUGGAACUUUACAGGUCCUUACCACUCAUACUUGUUGUAUUGCAUUGAUUAAGUAUAUUUAGCCUGCUAACUGGCCAUAGACAAACAGAGUUUGCAGUUAAGUGAUAUGAUGUCUCGUGUUGUCCCUCCAGGUAGGCAAGUGGUUCCAGGCUAUGUUCACCUAUCUGAAGCACAUCCCUCGCUACCUGGUGCCAUGCUACUUCGACUCCAUCAUUGUUGGGGCCUAUACUACCGCCUUGGAUAUUGUGUUCAGUAAAAUGUCAAAGUAGGUUGAAUAACAACCAGCUAUUCCUAUUCAUUAAUUAAAUAGAAAUGUGAAUUUGUCAAUGAGUAUAGUAGUACAUUUAAUUUUAAUGCUGUUCUGAAUGAAAUGUGAAAGCUUGAAAUCGUUCCUCCAACUUUUAAAUUAAUGACCUUGGGCAGUCCUUCAGCUUGUCAUCUGUGUGUUUGUCCUCUGGUUCUCUAAGCUUCAUCCAGACUGGUUCCACCCUGGUGAAGCAGUUAGCUCUGGGCUCAGUACAGAUGUGUGGUGUGGGUCUGCACCCCGCUCUUCCCCCCCUCGCACCCACGCUGCAUGACGUGCCCUACCGUCUCAACGACAUUACCAACGAGAAGGAGCAGUGCUGUGUGUCACUGGCUGCAGGUAAGGUAUUUAAUUCAAUUCAAUACAACUUUAUUCUGGGCAAUCCCUACUGGGGAACGGCCUAUCAGUCUAUACUCUUACAGACAUACAGAUACACCCACACACUUUAGCUCCCUCCCUCUCUCUCUCUCUCUCUCUUUCUGUUACUGGUUGGCUAAUAGUUAUGUCUGUCUGAUGUCACAGGUCUUCCUCAUUUUGCGGCUGGGAUCUUCCGUUGCUGGGGCCGGGACACAUUCAUCGCCCUGCGAGGUCUGAUGCUGGUGACAGGAAGACACCUGGAGGCUAGGUACAUGUCACACUCUCUGGUAGAAUAUCGGUGUCCAACCUGAUGAAUGGGUAUAUAUUUGUCCUUUGAAAAUAAUAUAGUAACAAGGAAGUAAGAAACUCCAGGACACCUGUGGUCUUGGAUGCUGCCAAACAAUUGAAUGGAUUUCACACCACUGUUUUGGUCGACCAUCAUCAGAGUUAUAAAGAUAAAUCCUUGAAUUAAUGUGUCUGGUAUCUGUCACUGUUUUCCACAGAAACAUAAUCCUGGCUUUUGCUGGCACCCUGAGGUACGGCCUGAUCCCCAACCUGCUGGGACAGGGGACUGACGCCCGCUAUAACUGCCGUGAUGCAGUAUGGUGGUGGCUGCAGUGCAUCCAGUACUACUGCAACAUGGUGCCUGACGGAGUCAACAUCCUCAUGUGCCCUGUGUCAAGGAUGUACCCCACCAACGUGUCUGAGCCACAGCCCGCUGGAGCCUGGGUGGGUACACACAAACUUACACACACACACACACACACACACAAUCCACAGCCCGCCAGUGCAUGAGUAAGGGCCAUGGUGGUCUCGCUUGGCCACCGCAAUACUUUGUCUGGCUCAUGAGACUAGGGCAUGUCGGGGGUUAAACAGCUUGGUUAGAGCAGCCUAUUGAGAUUUCAUACUCUGUGUAGAUCUGAAGAUGCAGUAAAAAAAAAAAAAAAAAAGUUUAUUGUUUGAAGUUCAAACAAGCACUUUUAGACAGGACAGUUGGACUUGUUUUAUCAAUUCCAUUUAGUCAUUCCUUAUUGACUGCCCAUAUCAAAUUGUAUCUGUGAACCCUGCAGAUCCAGCCCCUGUAUGAUGUCAUUCAUGAGGCGAUGACACGUCACAUGCAGGGCACGGAGUUCAGGGAGAGGGACGCUGGACCACAGAUAGAUCGCAACAUGACCGAUGAAGGCAAGACACACACAGACAUUACACACACAUGCAAAUCUGGAGGCAUGAUUGAUCAGCUAUUUACAUGUUUUAUCAUAACGAUUGUCUUUCCCUACCAGGGUUUAAUAUUGAGGCCAAGGUGAAUGAAGACACUGGGUUUGUCUAUGGAGGAAAUCGUUUCAACUGUGGGACAUGGAUGGACAAGAUGGGAGAGAGUGACAAGGCUCAUAACAAAGGAAUCCCAGCUACACCUAGGUACUGUACUGUUUUCCUCUCCUUUGGUAAAGAGUUUCCUAGUCUUCACUCAGUCUAGGACAAUUGUAGUAUGUGCAGUGCUUGUUGUUUUUUCCCCUUGAGUUAAGUGUUUUCACAAUGGUUUGUGUGUGUGCGUGCCUGCGUUUCUUCCAGGGAUGGCUCUGCAGUGGAAAUAGUGGGUCUCUGUAAGUCCACUGUGCGCUGGUUAGUGGACCUUCAUACGCACGGCUUCUUCCCUUACGCAACCCUCACCAUCCGUAGAGAAGGUACGUUCUGGAAUAAACCCAAAUCUCCAUGUUUUUCCCAGCUUUCUCACAUCCUCAAGAUUUUUCUAAAAUUAGACCAUUACAACAAUUGGUAUACUACUACUUAGUAUUUUCAGAUGUUGAAAUCUGUAUUUUAAACAAUAUACCUCACUAGAGUUUUAAAAUUGUUGUAUUUUGUUAGUAGUGAAGCUAGACAUAUCUGUUCUGUUCUAGGUCGUAACAUCUCUGUGCCCUAUGAAGAGUGGAACAGAAAGAUCCAGGAGAACUUUGAGAAGAUGUUCUACGUGUCUCACGACCUUCAGGACUCCAAUGAGAAACACCCAGACCUGGUGCACAAGAGAGGCAUCUACAAGGACAGCUAUGGGGCCUCCAGUCCCUGGUGUGACUACCAGCUCAGGCCUAACUUCACUAUCGCCAUGGUGGUGGUAAGCACUGUUCCUUUUUACUGCCUCAUUAGCCUUGUAACUAAUGUCGUAGCGUCCUGUCCAAGGAGUGUACUACAUCAAACUGCCUCACGCUAAAGAAACAGGAAGAUAGGCCCCUGCCCUAUGGGCCGAUCUGGCACUAAGGCUUACCUACUUACUUCAUCAGUGUUGUAAAGUUACUACAGUGCCUUCAUCCCCCUUGGCGUUUUUCCUAUUUUGUUGCAUUACAACCUGUAAUUUAAAUGGACUUUUAUUUGGAUUUCAUGUAAUGGACAUACACAAAAUAGUCCAAAUUGGUGAAAUGAAAUGAAAAAAAGUACUUGUUUCAAGAAAUUCAAAAAAAAAAAUACUAACUAACUAAUUAUGUGACUUCUGAAGGUAAUUGGUUGCACCAGAUCUUAUUUAGGGGAUUCAUAGCAAAGGGGGUGAAUACAUAUGCACGCACCACUUCCACACAGGUGUACUUUAUUUAUGUGUCACAUGAUCUGUCACAUGAUCUCAGUAUAUUUACACCUGUUCUGAAAGGCCCCAGAGUCUGCAACACCACUAAGCAAGGGGCACCACUAAGCAAGGGGCACCACCAAGCAAGCGGCACCAUGAAGACUAAGGAGCUCUCCAAACAGGUCAGGGACAAAGUUGUGGAGAAGUACAGAUCAGGGUUGGGUUAUAAAAAAAAAUAUCAGAAACGUUGAACAUCCCACAGAGCACCAUUAAACCCAUUAUUAAAAAAUUGAAAGAAUAUGGCACCACAACAAACCUGCCAAGAGAGGGCCGCCCACCAAAACUCACAGACUAAGCAAGGAGGGCAUUAAUCAGAGCGGUAACAAAGAGACCAAAGAUAAUCCUGAAGGAGCUGCAAAGCUCCACAGCGGAGAUUGGAGCAUCUGUCCAUAGGACCACUUUAAGCCGUACACUCCACAGAGCUGGGCUUUACGGAAGAGUGGCCAGAAAAAAGCCAUUGCUUAAAGAAAAAAAUAAGCAAACACGUUUGGUGUUCGCCAAAAGGCAUGUGGGAGACUCCCCAAACAUAUGGAAGAAGGUACUCUGGUCAAAUGAGACUCAAAUUGAGCUUUUUGGCCAUCAAGGAAAACGCUAUGUCUGGGGCAAACCCAACACCUCUCAUCACCCCGAGAACACCAUCACCACAGUGAAGCAUGGUGGUGGCAGCAUCAUGCUGUGGGGAUGUGUUUCAUCGGCAGGGACUGGGAAACUGGUCAGAAUUGAAGGAAUGAUGGAUGGCGCUUAAUACAGGGAAAUUCUUGAGGGAAACCUGUUUGUCAUCCAGAGAUUUGAGACUGGGACAGAGGUUCACCUUCCAGCAGGACAAUGGCCCUAAGCAUACUGCUAAAGCAACACUCGAGUGGUUUAAGGGGAAACAUUUAAAUGUCUUGGAAUGGCCUAGUCAAACCCCAGACCUCAAUCCAAUUGAGAAUAUGUGGUAUGACUUAAAGAUUGCUGUACACCAGUGGAACCCAUCCAACUUGAAGGAGCUGGAGCAGUUUUGCCUUGAAGAAUGGGCAAAAGUCCCAGUGGCUAGAUGUGCCAAGCUUAUAGAGACAUACCCCAAGAGACUUGCAGCUGUAAUUGCUGCAAAAGGUGGCUCUACAAAGUAUUGACUUUGGGGGGGGUUCUUUUUGCAUCUUCAAAGUGGUAGGCAUGUUGUGUAAAUCAAAUUAUACAAACCCCCAAAAAAUCCAUUUUAAUUCCAGGUUGUAAGGCAACAAAAUAGGAAAAAUGCCAAGGGGGGUGAAUACUUUCGCAAGCCACUGUAAGCUAGUCAGUGCUCUGGUUAACCCUAACCCUCUCAAUGUGGGGGAAGAAAAGGUUUUCACACAUUUCUGUCCCUAAUAGCCCUGCUGCUGUAAGACAGGUCUCUGGCUAACCCUAACCCUCUCAAUGUGGGUGUACUAAGGUUACCAAUGUAUUUGUGCUGCUGAACAUUAUUUGAGUCUUGCAAACCAAUUUACUGUCAAAAUGUAUCACUUUUACAAGUUGUCUUCUUAGGUCGAGUAUCUCAGCUCUGUGUGUACCUUCUCUCUCUGUGUUCUCCAGGCUCCAGAGCUGUUCACAGUGGAAAGGGCCUGGGAGGCACUAGAGAUGGCAGAGAAGAAGCUGCUCGGCCCCCUGGGAAUGAAGACAUUGGAUCCAGAGUGAGUGGCAUGCUUCAUCCAUACCCUCAUUUACAGUAACACAGUCACUCUGUUGCUUUAUUUAGACAUCGGAACAGCAGAGAGGGUAGAGGACAGAUAAAGAGGAUCAACAGUUAAGAAAUUGGUGGCGCAUCAGGGAUUCAUUCUGAAGUAGUCUGUGUUACCUACUAGACUAGACCAAUGAUGGAUACAAACUCUGGAUUGCUGAUGCUAUGUAUUGGCCAAUGAGAGGCUUUGAAGCCACCUGCCACCAUAUUGGUACUCCUCACAAGGAGCAGUCCUCCAUAGGAAUGAAUGGUAUUCUACAGUAUUCCAAUUAAUUGUUUCAAGGACAAAAUUACAUGUAUUUAAGUAUUUAUUUAUUGUAGUGGGGACAUGUAGUAACAGUAGUACUCUCAAAAAAAAUACUUUAAGGUAAAUGUUCAGUUCACGUAAAAUAAUUAAAAAGUAUGUAUUAAGGUGUUUGUAAUAGAAUAUAUUUUUGCAAAAAUGAAGACAUUACUAAAUGCAUUUUUAUAGCUUCUCAAAUAUGUUUUACAAUGGUGGAAGAUUAGAAAAAUGGGUGUACAGGGCUUCAAAACAUUGCCCCCUGUCAGUCACCUGGAUUUCCCAAACUCGGUCGUCCUGACCCCAAGGGGUGCACGUUUUGGUUUUUGCCCUAGCACUACACAGCUAAUUCAAAUGAUCAACUAAUCAUCAAGCUUUGAUCAUUUGAAUUAGCUGUGUAGUGUUAGGGUAAAAUACCAAAAUGUGCACCCCUUGGGGUCAAGAGGACCGAGUUUGGGAAAUCCAGGUCUAGUCUAAUGAUGUGUAUGUACCCUACAUGACUGACAGGGGGCAAUGUUUUGAAGCCCUGUACACCUGAGUUUUGGAAACGCUGGACUAGACCCAGAUCUGGCACUACAGUUGUCCCACAGUUAACGUUUUCUCUCUUUCUUUCCCCUCAUAAAGUGACAUGAAGUACUGUGGUGUCUACGAUAAUGCUCUGGAUAGUAAGAAUUUCAAUGUUGCUAAGGGCUUCAACUACCAUCAAGGACCUGUAAGUAAAUUUAUUGCGGCCCACAUAAACAUUUGUCAGUAGACAGGAACUUUAUGGCGACUGUAUGGUAACCAUAUGGUAACCACUAUGGCAGCGUAUCCCAAACUAGGGGUCGUGAUCCCAUGUGGGGUCGCCUGGUUUGAAAAUGAGGUUGUCAGAGAAACUUGGGUCAUAGAACCGCGGUUAUGUAAGUAACAUCCGACAUCCGCUAAAUGCAGUUGUGACAAAUAGAAUGGUUUCAACUUUUGAACAGUUGGAGCUACCAUGCAUUCAGAAAGUGUCCAGACCCCUUGACUUUUUCCACAUUUUGUUACGUUACAGCCUUAUUCUAAAAUUGAUUAAAUAGUUUUUUUUCCCUCAUCCAUCUACACACAAUACCCCAUAAUGACAAAGCAAUAACCGUUUCUUAUAAAUGUUUGCUAAUUGAUUUAUUUUAAACCCGGAAAUAUCACAUUUACAUAAGUAUUUAGACCCUUUACUUAAUACUUUGUUGAAGCACCUUUGGCAGUGAUUACAGCAUCAAGUCUUCUUGGGUAUGACACCACAAGCUUGGCACACCUGUAUUUGGGGAGUUUCUCCCAUUCUUCUCUGCAGAUCGUCUCAAGCUCUGUCAAGUUGGAUGGGGAGCGUCGCUGCACAGCUAUUUUCAGGUGUCUCCAGAGAUGUUAGAUCGGGUUCAAGUCCGGGCUCUGGCUGGGCCACUUAAGGACAUUCAGAGACUUGUCCCGAAGCCACUCCUGCGUUGUCUUGGCAGUGUGCUUAGGGUCGUUGUCUGAGGUCCUGAGCGCUCUGGAGCAGGUUUUUAUCAAGGAUCUCACUGUACUUUGCUCCGUUCAUCUUUUCCUCAAUCCUGUCUCCCUGCUGCAGAAAAACAUCCCCACAGCAUGAUGCUGCCACCACCAUGUUUUACCGUAGGGAUGGUGACAGGUUUCCUCCAGACGUGACGCUUGGCAUUCAGGACAGACAAUUAAAUCUUGGUUUCAUCAGACCAGAUAAUCUUUUUUUUUUCAUGGUCUGAGAGUGGUGCCUUUGGCAAACUCCAAGCGGGCUGUCAUGUGCAUUUUACUGAGGAGUGGCUUCCGUCUGGCCACUCUACCAUAAAAGCCUGAUUGGUGGAGUGAUGCAGAGAUGGUUGGCCUUCUGGAAGGUUCCCCCAUCUCCACAGAGGAAUUCUGGAGCUCUGUCAGUGACCAUCAGGUUCUUGGUCACCUCCCUGACCAAGGCCCUUCUCCCCCAGUUGCUCAGUUUGGCUGGGUGGCCAGCUCUAGGAAGAGUCUUGGUUGUUUCAAACUUCUUCCAUUUAAGAAUGAUGGAGGCCGCUGUGUUCUUGGGGCCCUUCAAUGCUGCAGAAAUGUUUUGGCACCCUUUCCCAAAUCUGUUCCUCGACACAAUCCUGUCUCGGAGCUCUACGGACAAUUCCUUCGACCUGAUGACUUGGUUUUUGCUCUGACAUGCACUGUCAACUGUGUGACCUUAUAUAGGCAGGUGUGUUCCUUUCCAAAUCAUGUCCAAUCAAUUGAAUUUACCACAGGUGGACUCCAAUCAAGUUGUAGAAAACAUCUCAAGGAUGAUCAAUGGAAACAGGAUGCACCUGAGCUCAAUUUCGAGUCUCUGAAUACGUAUGUAAAUAAUGUAUUUCUGUUUUUUAUAUUUAAUACAUUUGCACAAAUUUCUAAAAACCUGUUUUCGCUUUGUCAUUAUGGGGUAUUGGGUGUAGAUUGAUGAGGAAAUGUUUUCAUUUUAUCCAUUUUAGAAUAAGGCUGUAACAAAAUGUUGAAAAAGUCAAGGGGUCUGAAUACUUCCCGAAUGCACUCUAUAUGCUAUUAUGACCACAUUCCUGAAAGCUUAGACUCUCAGGAAUAUGGACGUUCUUUAUUCCUCCACGAUCCUCACAAGCCAUGCAGGACUCGUUAGAACAGUGGACAGGACCAGGCAUCAAAUCAGACUGGGUAAAAAAUAACAUUGAAAGCAAUGAUGAUAGGGAUUGACAUUAUUGUCUGAAAGGCACUAGCCUAUCGUCAAAAAUAGCCCCAUAGCAUCAAAAAUCCACCAUAUUUUACAGUAGAUCUGGGGUUCUAUUCUGCAUAUGCUUCUGGUUUUCAACACCUAACCCACCACUGGUGUGCUUGGCCAAAGAGCUCUAUUUUCAUGUCAUCGGUUGAUCAGAUGACAUGAAGAAAAAAGCUCUUUGGCCACACGCACACCAGUUGUGGGUUUGGCGUCGAAAAACUGAAGCAUAUGCAGAAAAGUACCUCAAACCUACAGUAAAAUAUGGUGGUGCAUCAUUGAUGUUAUGGGGCUAUUUUGCUUCCACUGGUCAACGGCAUCACGAACUUUACCAAGUACCAGGAGAUUUUAGCCAAAAACCUGGUUGCUUCUGCCAGGAGGCUGACACUUGGCUGCAAGUGGAUCUUCCAGCAAGACCAUAACCCCAAGCACACAUCAAAAUCCACAAAGAAAUGGUUAAUUGACCACAAAAGCAACAUUGUGCAAUGGCCAUCUCAGUCUCCGGACUUGAACCCUAUUGAAAACUUGUGGUUUGAAUUGAAGAGGGCGGUCCAUAAGAGCAGACAAAGGAUAUCACGGAUAUGGAAAGAUUCUGUAUGGAGGAAUGGUCUAAGAUCAUUUCCAAUGUGUUUUCCAUCUCAUAAAACAUUUUAGAAAAAGGCUCAGUGUUAUCCUCGCAAGGGUAAGGUGCUAGAGUAUUAAACUAUAUUUUUAAGAGUUUUUUUAUUACUUAUUAAAUUCUAUCUCUUUCUCUGAGCAAUCAUAUUAGUAUGAAAUAAUAUAAUAUAUAUUUUUUUUUUUACAUACAAUAUAGCUCAGUCCAAACUAGUACAGGCUUAAUUGAAUGAACAAUAGAAAUGGAAUGCAAUAUGACAUUUUAUUAAAUAGUUUGGAGAAUGGCUGUGUCUCGGAGGCAAAAUAAUCGGAGCCAGAUGAUGUGAUGGCAGGUCUCCCCCAUUGGGAGAAAGGAGUUCCAACGAUGGGCCUUAUAAGGUUAUUAUAGCUGGUGGGGAGGGGAGGGUUCUCAGUAACUUUUGCAAGUUUGACAUUAAUACAUCUGAAUAUUUACAUCCAUUGGUUGAGAGGGAGAAAGGUGAUAAUUGCGAGACUGAGCCCAUAGGUUAAAAAGCAAGCGUGAGUAAUGUGUAUUAUUGUGCCGUGCUCAUAGGUUACAAGGUAAAUAGGUGAAUGACAUUCCCCACGUGGCUAAUGGGAAAGAGAAGGAGAGAUAGACGCUAUGCUGAUGAUAAUGUUUGUAACCUCUAACAUUCCCAAUAUGCACAUAGAAUAGGAAACGAUGUGAAUUCUAUUAUUGUUACGGUGUUAAGUUAAAGUGAGCAUUCAGACCAGCCUUACUGAUUUGAACUUUCUUUCGUAAACUACAUUAUUUGUAUUAUUUAUUUCAUACAGUCUUUUUUUUGCUCAUCAUUAUCGAGGGUGCCACUAAUUAUGGACCUGACUGUACAAUAUUACGUGCCUUUCACCUACACAUAGGGGAGGAACCAGAAAGAUCAGUACUGGAAUUCUUUGUAUUUUGGUUGUUCACAGCAGGCCGACUGCCAUAAAUGCCAUAAAUUAUCUGUCGAUGGGGAGGAACCACAAAGAUCAGUUUAGGCUACUAGAAUUAUACAAAAAAACUAAAUCGCCUGCCAAAUGGUGCAACCUCUGAGCAGUCUUAACUUGUUUGCCUGCUCUGUUCACUUGCCCCGGGCAAUAGGUCAACCCUUAAUGUCAGUACCUGGAUGUUCUUUUCUACACAGAAAGUCAUCAGGUCAACACUGGAAAGUGAUGUUUUCAACUAAAAUCAUGGAAGCGGGGUAUGGAAGAAAUCUUUCCCUAAUGAAAGCAGUUCAGCCAAGCCUGAAUUCAAGCAAUAACGACACAAAGUUUACAAGUGUUUUGUAUUAUAACUGGAUUAUAGCUCCUCUCUAAACGUUGUCAACUCCAUUACUCAAAAGUUACUUCAAUCAGUGAAUGCUAACGAUGGCUAGCUAUUCUACCAGUCUGUCUUAAUGAGUGUUAGCAUGCUAAUAGCACACCAUGUACACAAAAAUGUAUAUUUUUAAGGGGUAUGCAGUAGGUUGAUAACGAUAUCACCAAAGUAUGUUGUAUCAGACAUUUCAAAUAACAUUUCCAGCUAAUGAGGAAACAGUCAUGGUAUUUAAUUUAAGAUAAUGAACAAGAUUUUAAGCAGUAUGAAAACAUUCAUUAACUGUAAGUCGCUCUGGAUAAAAGCAUCUGCUAAAUGAUUACAAUGUAAAUGUAAUUUAACAAGACAUUUGGGCUAAUUUGAAUGGGCACCAACAGCAGAUUGAGGGGACGUUUACAUCCAUAUCACAGUACAACCCACGUGAUUACAUGAAACAUAACUCUGUGAGGGUCUCCUACACAAUUAUUGCUUGAUGAUCUUUUGAAUUUCCCAAUAUGUUUCUGAUGCAUUUCAGCCAUUUCAAGCCAUACUUCCUUCAGCUUUAAGAUACUUUCAAUGUAAUGUCAGACUGAUUUGUAAUAGACUGUCAAGGCCCCAAAUAAAAAAGUAAACAUUGGCUGCUGAUUGUAUCACGAUUUUUGCAUGGUGGGGUCGCGAUUUAUGUAUUUAUAUCAAAAUGGUGUCACGGGCCAAAAAGGUUUGGGAACCCCUGCACUAUGGUAACCAUAAAUGUGUGUUUCCCUCUCUUAGGAGUGGCUUUGGCCAGUAGGCUAUUUCCUACGAGCCAAACUGUACUUUGCCAAGAAGAUGGGGCCAGAGAUAUACGACAAGACUGUGUACCUGGUGAAGAAUGUCCUCUCUAGGCAUAACAUCCACUUGGAGAGGUAAAACACAAGCACAACGACUUGUUAAGUGACUGCAAACACUAUCAUGUUCUUAAUUGUUUUAACUUUUAACUUGUCAUACUUUUUUUUUUAUUGGUUCACUCAAUUUAUAUGAUUGAUUAUAAGUGUCACAUAAUCAAUAUUGUCUUUUAUCACCCACCAGAUCGUCUUGGAAGGGUCUACCUGAGUUGACCAAUGAGAAUGGCCAGUACUGUCCCUUCAGCUGUGAAACUCAGGCCUGGUCUAUCGCCACCAUACUGGAGGUUCUGCAUGAUCUGUAG